ACUUGGUAGCAGACCUCCCAGUGUAAUUUUGACUGUCACUUCGAUAGGAGGUGCCUGAACCUUAUAAUUACAAGUUUUUGAUUGAAUAUCUGUACAUUCGAAUCUUGUUCUGAUAUCAAUAACGUUUAUUAAUAGAGCAAUUUAUAAAUACUACUGACAAGUUCCUUGUGACACUUUCUCUUGUUAAUCUUUUACUGUUGCUGUUGAGGAAAACCUUGUGGAGAAUGACGAACGUUGGAGGUUUGGAACAACAAAUUGCUAGCUUGCAAAUAAAUAAUGGCGAUGACACCAUUAACAUUGUCAAGACUGGGAAAAAAAUUGCACCUGCUGUACCACCAAAACCGAAGAAAUCAAGGCCUCAAGUACCACAAAGUUAUUCACUGAAAGCAACCCCGACACCUUCAUAUAGUACUGUCCUAAAUAAUACAGGAUUGAGUGAUAAAGCAACAAAUUUGUAUACUAAUUCUCCACCAUCAUAUGGGCCAACAUCAUUGGAUGCCGAAACAAAUGAUUUUGAUCUUAAACCACCAAGCAAUGGAAGCGAAGUAGGAAAAUUCUAUCACAAUAAUGAUAAUAUUUAUACUAAUCAAGAAGCUGAGAAAUUUGAACCAAAAUAUGGAUAUGACGAGAAGAACUUUUACUCCAAUGUUGGAAAUAUGCCAGCUUCUCAAGUUCCUGUCGAAGAUAAAUUGAGUAGAGCAUCAAGAAGUGCAGUUUAUAGUAAUAUAGAACCACCAGUACCUCUGCCUAUACCAGCUCCUGUUAAAAAAGAAAAGGACUUGAUUUACAGCAACAUUCAGUGGAAUUCGAAACAAGAGAAUACAUACUCCAACAUUCCUUCAGCACACAAUACUGAAGACUUACCUCCACCUCCAGAACCAUCGGAAUAUGUUCCUUGCAUACCAACAAAUUCAUUUCCACCACCGCCAGAAGAACUGCCACCACCUCCAAGUCCAGUAUCCUCGAGCUAUAGUGAAUUGCGUCGUGCCACAUAUCAGACUGAUUUCCCAUCUGGUAAUUACCCAAAUGACAUCUAUGGAACCAGCUCGCAGUCCAGUUCGACUUAUGAAUCUAUUUAUGAACCUAUUAAUCCAAGACCACCAUCACAACUUUCUUGUAAUUAUUCUGUGUACUCUGGGUAUGGUUCGGCACCCCCAGCACAACCCCAGGACAAAGUUUCUCCAGUUAAAGAGGUCGAUGUUCUCACAGACCUAUUGGUACAAGGAAUGUCUGAUAACACAGAAGAGAGUGAUAUUUAUGGAAUUUGUGCACAGUGCGGACGUAAAGUCGAGGGCGAGGGAACAGGUUGCUCUGCCAUGGAUAAAGUGUUCCAUAUAAAUUGCUUCUCUUGCUUUGUCUGCAAAGUUAAUUUGCAAGGCAAGCCAUUUUAUUCCCUGGAAGGAAAGCCAUAUUGCGAGGAGGAUUAUUUAAAUACUUUGGAAAAGUGUUGCGUCUGUACAAGACCUAUUCUUGAUCGGAUUUUAAGAGCCACUGGAAAGCCAUAUCAUCCAUCUUGCUUCACGUGUGUUGUCUGUGGGCAAAGUUUGGAUGGGAUACCGUUCACUGUGGAUGCCACAAACCAAAUACAUUGUAUCCAAUGUUUUCAUAAGAAGUUCGCACCACGCUGCUGUGUUUGCAAACUUCCUAUCAUGCCGGAGCCUGGUCAAGAUGAAACAGUACGUGUUGUUGCACUAGAUCGAAGCUUUCACAUUCAGUGUUAUAAGUGCGAAGACUGUGGACUGGUAUUGUCUUCAGACAGCGAAGGUCGUGGAUGUUAUCCCCUUGAUGAUCAUGUUCUCUGCAAAAGUUGUAACGCCACCAGGGUUCAAGCUUUAACGUCUCAUAUGACCACGGAAUUAUAAACUGAUGACACGUGUUAUACCAAAUAAGCAAAUGGCGAAUCGCGAUUUAUCCUACUAAUCCUAUUGUAUAUGCUCUCCUUCGUGACACUUUAUCAAAAACACUCUCAGCAGAUAUAACGAAUAGAACUGAUAGAUAUAUUCUCGGUCUGCUCUUCACUUAUUGCAGUUUAAUAAUGCAACGCCAUACUAAGUGUUAUUAACGUAUGGUCGAAACAUAAUUUGUAAGAUUUUUUUGUUCAUCUUUCUGUUCUUGUUAUUAUCUCUUGUCUCAUAUUUAAAAUGUGUCGGCAAUAUAGCAGAGAAGAAUAUUUACUUCUAACGUAAAACUCUAAAUUAUUUCGUAUAGAUUAAAUCUAUUACGAAAAUUAAUCUUUUGACGUCAAUGUAAUCCUGUCAAUGGAGAGCACUGUGGUUUUAUUGAUGAACGUACACUACAUCUUUCUACUGUUUCUUCUUAACUAAAACUCUCAUGUAACUAUUUCAUUACUCGAUAUUGAGUGCUACUCUGUGAUAUUAAGAAUGCUCUGAGGAGACAUAAGUUCAGAAGCCAAAAUGGAAUCUGAAAACUACCACAAAGAAAAGGUAAUAACAUACUUUGGCCUAGUACUUCCAAUUUUUUGAUAAAACAUUAUAUACGCACAAGGAAUGUUUCCAUUGAAGUAUUUUUUGUUUGCAAAAUUGACAUUUUUCGUCUCCUGGAAAUUCUUAAAUAACGGUAAUUAAAUUAAACCGUAAUUCAUUUCAUUAUUUAAGAAUUGAACAGUUUGAUAAAUAUUCGCUUUAAAUGCGUAGAUAUUUUUUCUUAGAUAAGAAAUUUAUAAGCUUGCGCUUAUCUAUUAUUGCAUUAUAUUUGUACGAGUUAUGAAACUAGAAGAUGCGCAUUUAAUGAAUUAAGCGACACCAUAGUGUUGUAAAUAAUACAGUCCGAAUAUUUUACUAUAUAAUUAUUAAUUUAAUACUUGAUUACAAGCAUUGAAUGUGAUUCCUCCUACAUAGUAAUGAUUGAUUUAAUAUAACGCUUUCGACUGCUUUCAUUGUGACGUGUAACUGUAUGUAAAAUUAAGAUGAGAGAAAUGAAUUAAGGAGAAAAUCAAUAAUUUAGAGAAAUAAAUUUAUUAUUUGCAAAGAUCGCUUAUGUAUAAUUAAAUACAAAAGGAAAAAGAAUGAAUGUCGGAAGCAGCCAAGCCAUUUUUAUUUAAUCAAGAUGUUUACGCAAUAGAAAUAUUUCCAAUUAAUUGAUUCGAGUCUGAUGUUAUAUAUUCGUCAACUAAUAUUUUUAAUCGAAUACUCGUAUUACUCUUAGCUGCUAUAUAUUAUCUUGAUAAUGUUUUAUUAUAAAAUAAAAUUAAAGAAAAACAUGUUCGUUAAGUCGUGAAUCAUUGGCGCGAAUAUAUUUACAAAAUGUAUUACUGUUGCAAUGAUGAAUUUAUUGAUCAUUUAUCUAUACAAACUAGAGUUGCUUUGCGUCAAGUGGUCGUACAUUUUGCUCAGUAAUUUUUAAUGAGAAUUACUGUCAUUUCAGUCAUAACUAACACAUAAAGUAUUCAUUCCAACAGUAGUAAAACAGCGUGCAAACAUUUAUUAUCUCUGAUAGAAUGCCAUUUUAUAUAAGGUUAUGUGCAUAGAAUUCGUGAAUGAUUAUCUGUAGAAGAGAUUAUAUGUAUAAAAAUAUAUAGUCUACUCGAA